AUGCCCUCCCAAGUGUGGCAGAACCAUCACAAGGCCUGUGAGGAUGUUGUUAACAAGCAGAUCACCCUGGUGCUUUCUUUCUCCCAUGUUUACCUCUCCAUGGUGACAGUGGUGUUCUCUGGAUUUAUUUCAGAUUUCAAGCUGUGGCCUCAAUCUGUUGUACACUCUCCUAAUGAGAUGGAGGUCUUGUUGCUUUUUUCACUGGUUUCUUGCGUUUUAAGUGAUGUGUCUUGUCUCUUACCAUCCACCCCCACGCUGCCGCUUCAGAAGCCUGACCAUGGCAAUGGCCUGGAGGCAAGGCAGGGAGCUCUGCAGAAGGAGAAGGAUGUGAACCAGAGUCUGCUGGAUCUGCACAAUCUCUCCUCUGGCCACACAGACCCUCAUAUUGGGCCUAAAGAUGGUGCAGCAGAGAAUUUCCAGAAUCAACUCAGAGAUAAAGAGCUGGUUAAAUGA